AUGUCGUGGAAACGACAAGUUCCUCGAAAAUGGCCAAUAGCAUUGCUCAUAUUAGCUCUAAUCAUUCUAAUUUGUUGGGGGAAUCUGGGAGGCGAGAGCCCAGCCCCUUUUGAGCCCAAAUCUUCGGGCCAGGAGACAGUGCAAGAGCAAGAAGAUGUGGUAGAGGUGCAAGAGGAGCCUGAGAUGUUCGUAGAGUCUCCAGGGGAUCUGGAUUUCGUCUCAAAGAUGAUUGAUUUAUCCUAUCUCGCCGAUACCUCUCCAUAUUCCUAUGAAACGCUGCCGAUCUGCACUGAUCUCACGCAAGAUUUCGCCGCAAAUCCGCCGACGUCGAAAUUCGAUUUUGCGAUGGUUUUGAACGAAUAUCAGCAGUGCUCUUUCAUUAUUCUGAUGCGGUUUUGGCGCGAAGUCGAGGCACUUUUGCUGAGUUAUCCGAGUGUGAUGUAUGUUUGUGAUCAGGAGCCGAAUAUUCGACGGGUGCCGUUGAAAAUGUUCAGGGGGAAUUAUGGGGGAAGGCAGGAGGGGAUGACGUUUUGGGCGGCGAUGCCAAGUUGUGUGAGUUUGGGGGAGAGAGGGGGGGGGUAGAGAAGCUAGAGAGCAUGAGGAAAUCAGAGACGCAGAGGGACAUACACUCGCUUACGGAAGCUAGAGAGCAUAGAAAAGUUAGAGACGGAGAUAAGGUAGACAGCUAGGGAACACGUGGAAGUUAGAGACGCAGAUGGAAACACACUCGCGCUACCGCGCUCGAGCCGCUACUGGAAGCUAGACAAGUAGAGAGCAUGAGUAAGUCAGAGACGCAGAUGGAAACACACUCGCGCUACCGCGCUCGAGCCGCUUGCGCGGAAGAUUCCAGAAGCUAGACAGCUAGAUAAGUUAGAGACGCAGAGAUGCUAGACAGCUAGGGUUAGAGACACAGAGGAACAUACACUCGCUCCACUCGAGCCGCUUGCGCGGAAGAUUCUGGAAGCUAGACAGCUAGAGAGCAUAGAGAUUUUAGAGACGGAGAGAAGGUAGACAGCUAGAGAGCAUGAGAUUGUCAUCAGAGACCGAGAGCGACAUCCACUCGCGCUACCGCGCUCGAGCCGCUUCGCUGAAGAUUCCGGAAACUAGAGAGAAGACAGAGACGCAGAGAAGCUAGACAGCUAGGGUUAGAGACGCAGAGGGACAUACACUCGCUUCGCUCGAGCCGCUUGCGCGGAAGAUUCUGGAAGCUAGAGAGCAUAGACGCAGAGAGGCUAGACAGAUAGAGAUCAUGACGAAGUUAGAGAGUAUAGAGUAGUUAUAGACGCAGAGGGAAAUACACUCGCUGCUCUCGAGCCGCUUACGCGGAAGAUUCCGAAAGCUAGACAGCUAGAGAGGAUGACAUUGUCAGAGACGCAGAGGCUAGAGAGCAUGGAGAAGUCAGAGACGCCUAGAAGCUAGACAGCUAGGGAGCAUAAAAUUGUCAGAGACGCAGAGGGAUUUCUGGUAGAUCAAAUUUUUUCGAACCAAAUUUGUUUCCAGCAAAACACCACAAAUCUUCUGGUGAAACUUGGCGAUCCAACAAACGCCGACACAUUUUUGGCGCCAAAAAUUGCGAAUUUAAAAAUCGAGGAAAAUCGCGGCACGGAUUCGGCAGAUUAUGAGAAAUAUUUCGAAAGUUUAAAGGGGGGACAGGAGGAGUUGGUGAGUUUUGAGCUCAAAAUUCGUCAAAAAUGCUCAUUUUUCACCCAGAUAAUCGAUAUGUUGUGGAUUUCGGCUAACUCUCAAUUCCCCAUCGACGAAUAUUUCAACAACGACCAAAUUUUCGACAAAAUGCACAUCACAGUGUGUCAAAUCAACUUGGAAGUUGGCGGAAAUUCGCCGGAAUUAGCCAAAAAAUUCCACGAUUUGCUCAUAAAAUUGUACAAUCAGAAGAAGUAUAUUUCAAUGCGUGCGGGCAUCGAAAAAAUCAAUAAUUCUACCACAAGCUUCUUCCUGAAUGUCAGCGAUAAGAGAUGUGUUAAUAAGUUUUUGAGAUAAUGAUGAUGAUUUUCAUGGAAAAUAAAUUUUAUUCGGGUUUUGAUACCAAACAUAAGUAUAACAUGAGCAAUACCUAUAAUUAAUAUUUUUGAAAAGGUUUUCCACAGCUCUCUAAAUUACAAUUUUCUUUCUCAAAAUCUGAAAAAUUUCCGCAGGCAGCAGGAAUCGAUCCCUUGACCUUUUCCUCGUUAAAAAAUGGAUCUAAAACUUCAUAUUUGGCUAUGAAGUUUUUGGGGGGGGGAGGGGGCAGAGAAGCUAGAGAGCAUGAGGAAGUCAGAGACGCAGAGGGACAUACACUCGCUUCGCUCGAGCCGCUUACGCGGAAGAUUCCGGAAGCUAGAGAUCAUAGAGAAGUCGGAGACGCAGAGAAGCUAGACAGCUAGGGUUAGAGAGGAAGAGGGACAUACACUCGCUUCGCUCGAACCGCUUGCGCGGAAGAUUCCGGAAGCUAGAGAGCAUAGAGAUGUUAGAGACGGAGAGAAGGUAGACAGCUAGAAUACACGUGGAAGUUAGAGACGCAGAGGGAAAUACAUUCGCUUCGCUCGAGCCGCUUGCGCGGAAGCUUCUGGAAGCUAGAGAGCAUGGAGAAGUCAGAGACGGAGAUAAGGUAGACAGCUAGGGAACACGUGGAAGUUAGAGACGCAGAUGGAAACACACUCGGGCUACCGCGCUCGAGCCGCUUCGCUGAAGAUUCCGGAAACUAGAGGUCAUAGAGAAGACAGAGAAACAAAGGGACAUGAACUUUAUCUACAGAAAAUGCGUCAGUGUAUGAAGCUGACGCAUUUCUGGUAGAUCAAAUUUUUUCGAACCAAAUUUGUUUCCAGCAAAACACCACAAAUCUCCUGGUGAAACUUGGCGAUCCAACAAAUGCCGACACAUUUUUGGCGCCAAAAAUUCCGAAUUUAAAAAUCGAGGAACAUCGCGGCACGGAUUCGGCGGAUUAUGAGAAAUAUUUCGAGAAUUUGAAACAAGGACAGGAGGAGUUGGUGAGUUUUGAGCUCAAAAUUCGUCAAAAAUGCUCAUUUUUUCACCCAGAUAAUCGAUAUGUUGUGGAUUUCGGCUAACUCUCAAUUCCCCAUCGACGAAUAUUUCAACAACGACCAAAUUUUCGACAAAAUGCACAUCACAGUGUGUCAAAUCAACUUGGAAGUUGGCGGAAAUUCGCCAGAAUUGGCCAAAAAAUUCCACGAUAUGCUCAUCAAAUUGUACAAUCAGAAAAAGUAUAUUUCAAUGCGUGCGGGCAUCGAGAAAAUCAAUAAUUCUACCACAAGCUUCUUCCUGAAUGUCAGCGAUAAGAGAUGUGUUAAUAAGUUUUUGAGAUAA